AACUCCAACCGGAUGCGUCACAGUUUACAUCCGAUGAAAUAUCGGGCUCAUUGUUCUAUCUGUGUGUAUAAUCUGUGUAUCUACGCUACAACAUGACCUAUAGUGUACGUCGUUGCGUCGUGCGUAGCGGGUGGGACAACGCUCGUGCACUGCAUUGUUGUGGGGGGAGAGCUCGAGCUUGCAGUUGCAGCCUCGAAAUGGUUCCAGGCUAUAGGGAAGAAGCCAAUUCAGAUCCUUGAGAAAAUGCUUUUAUGCUCAUGAUAGAACCCAGUUUAGUAUUUAACAAGACCCAGAGGGCUCCCAACGUCAUUCUUCUCCUUUAUUACUGAAAAAGCCUAAGCAUCUCCCGCUGGAUGAGAACAUUGUGUACGGAAUUACAGCCACUGAGCAGGCCACAUCGCCAUUGCUUUCAAAGGCUGUUGACAAGCUACUAUCUACAACCAGCAAAGCUGUUUCUAGUUCUAAGCUGUUCAGGUGUCGAGGAUGAGGAAGAAGGCUCGGCACCACAGGGUCCCCGAGCCCCAGCGGCCGCCCUCCCCCAUCCAGCCGUCCCCCAACAAACAGACUCUGACCUAUGCCCAGGCCCAGCGCAUGGUGGACAUGGAGAUUGACGGCCGGAUGCACCGGAUCAGCAUCUACGACAAGCUGGACGUGAUCUUGGACGAUGACCCUACGGCUCAGGAGAUUAUGGAGUGCACCAGCAACAAGGAGAACACGGAGAAGCCUCAGCAGACGCCAAUGCGCUCCGUCCGGUUGAAAAACAGCCAGGAGAAGAGAAGUGCAGCUGCGGUCGCACAGAACCACACAACACGGGGAGCUGCAGCAGCACCAGUACAGACACUUCCAGAGGCCAAGGUCCGGACGGUGGAGUAUAACCUACCAGCGGUCCCCAGGAGGCCCCCGGUGUACUAUAAGUAUGUGGAGAAGACGUCAGAGGAGUUGGAUGAGGAGGUGGAGUAUGAUAUGGAUGAGGAGGACUACGCCUGGCUGGAAGUAGUUAACGACAAGAGGAGGAGUGAGGGCGUCAGUCAGGUGUCCCACAACGUGUUUGAGUUCCUGGUGGACCGCUUUGAGAAAGAGACACAGAUGGAGAAGGUGAGCCAGGGCCAGGACAAGCUGACCAUAGACGAGGACGCUGUCUGCUGCAUCUGCAUGGACGGAGACGGCCAGGACAGCAACGUCAUCCUCUUCUGUGACAUGUGCAACCUGGCCGUGCACCAAGAGUGUUACGGUGUCCCUUACAUCCCAGAGGGACAGUGGCUAUGCCGGCACUGCCUCCAGUCGCCCACCCAGCCUGCAGGCUGCAUACUGUGUCCUAACAAAGGCGGAGCAGUGAAAAAGACUGACGAUGACCGCUGGGGUCAUGUGGUGUGCGCCCUGUGGGUGCCGGAGGUAGGGUUUUCCAACACAGUCUUCAUCGAGCCCAUCGACGGAGUCCGCAACAUACCGUCCGCUCGCUGGAAGCUCACCUGCUACCUCUGUAAGGAGAAGGGGGUGGGGGCCUGUAUCCAGUGUCACAAGGCUAACUGCUACACAGCCUUCCACGUCAGCUGUGCUCAGAAAGCAGGACUCUUUAUGAAGAUGGAACCAAUCAAGGAGUUUACAGAGACCGGCGAGCCAACGUUUUCGGUGAAGAAGACUGCUUACUGUGGGGCUCACACCCCCAACAGCUCGGUCAGACGACCUCUCACCAUCUACGAGGACGCCAAACCCCAAAAUGGAUUGUGUUCCCCUCUGAAAGGGGAGAAGAUGAGGGGCGCCAAUGCACUGACGAAAGGCAGGAAGAGGAAGAGCAAGAAGGUGGAGCCAGAGGAAGAGGUCCCACCCGUGGCCGUGCCUAGCUUUCCUCCCCAAAGGUUAAACACCAUCCUCAACCGGGUGUCUAUGCAGAAAAAGAAGGUGUUUGUGGAGCUGGCUCUAAACUACUGGACUCUAAAGAGACAGGCGAGGAACGGAGUACCCCUCAUCAGACGACUACAGUCCAGCCAACAGUCCCAUCAGAAGACCCAUGCUGCACAGCCGAAGGAGAGUGAGGAGGAGAGCCGGGCUCUGAAGGAGCAGCUCAAGGAGUGGCAUUGUCUAAGACAUGACCUGGAGAGAGCCAGGCUAUUGCUGGAGCUCAUACGCAAGAGGGAGAAACUUAAGAGAGAAGAGAUGAAGCUGCAGCAGAGCCUGUUAGAGGUCCAGCUGACUCCCUUCAGUAUCCUGCUCAGGUCUGUGCUGGAACAACUACAAGAGAGAGACCAGUCCUUGAUCUUUGCCCAGCCUGUCGACAUUAAAGAGGUGCCUGACUACCUUGACCACAUCAAGAACCCCAUGGAUUUCUCCACUAUGAGGAAACGCAUCGACGACCAGGCCUACAGCAACCUGGAUGACUUUGAGUCUGACUUCAAUCUCAUCAUCUUCAACUGCAUGAAGUACAACUGUAAGGACACCUUCUUCCACCGGGCGGCCGCCCGUCUCCGAGACCAAGGUGGGGCUUUGAUCAGGAAGACGCGGCGGGAUGUGGAACGAAUCGGCUUCGAGAAGGACAGCGGGAUGCACCUGCCCGAACCGCCCAAGAUCGAAGCGCCUCCACCGUUUUCCUGGGAGGACGUGGACCAGUUAUUGGUCCCAGCCAACCGGCAGCACAUGCCUCUGGAGGAGCAGCUGAAAGAGCUGCUGGAGAAACUGGACCUGACGUACUCCAUGAAGUCCAGCCCGUCACGCUCCAAACGCCUCAAGCUGCUCAAGAAGACCAUCAACGACGUGCGCAGCGAGAUGAGCUUCGGCCUGAGGAGGGUGUCCCACCACUCCCAUUCGCAUUGUUCUUCCUCCCAGUCAGAAAGGAGUAAAGCUGGGGAGGCAGAGGGUGUGAAGACCAAUGGACAGAGUCCUGAUAAUGAGGGGGACAAAUCAUUACCUCCCAAAUUGGAACCCUCUGACUCCCUAACUCCUCUCCUGCACUUCGAGAGUAACUUAGAACCCCCUACCCUCAAACCCAUCCACACCCCGGACAGCAAGACCCACGGACAGGUCAUAUUUGACCGGGAGAAACCCAACAACGCUUCCUCCACCACUACCCUUCUCAAUGGCCACUCCGACUCCCAAAACCCCCUGCUUCUUUCAAAGGGGGACGUGAGUGUGGUGGCCACCUCCACCCUGGCCCAACCCUCGGGGACGACUGUCAACCGCCGCACUGCCGUGCUCUUCAGGAAGUCCAAGACCUCUAGCCCUGGGAAGAACCAGGGGGGGAGAGAAGGAGACGAAGCCCAGACAGGGUGCCCUCAGCUGGGCACCAAGACCUUCCUGUCGGUAAUGAUCCCCAGGCUGGAGACCCUCCUCCACCCAAGGACUAGGAAGAGGAGCCACAGUCCACGUGGGGUGUACAGCGAGGGGGGUGGAGACAGGGAGGAAGAGUCCCCUGUCAAACACAUUAACACAGGCCUGUCUAAUGGUUUUGCGAUGGAGGAGGUAAUUGAUGAAGAGAAGGAGCUAAGUGACAGCAGGCCUCUAGAAACCAGGAGACGCUGUGCCUCUGAGUCCAGCAUCUCAUCUAGUGGUAGUCUGCUGGGCAGCACCAGCAGCACCCUCAGUCUUCCAGCAUGUGGUAAAGGCAAACCGGCCCUGGUCCGAAGAAACACUGUGGAUGAUAAGAACGACCUCAUUGCCUGUAUAGAAACCGGGAACUUUGCCAGAGCUGCUAGGAUUGCCGCCGAAGUUGGCAAUAGCAAUAUUUGGAUGCCUGCUAGUGCUGCAACAGUUGUUCUGGAACCUCUAAAGCUAGUUUGGGCAAAAUGUAGCGGAUACCCUUCCUAUCCUGCCUUGAUUGUCGACCCCCACAUGCCCCGGGUGGGGUGCCAGCACAACGGGGUGUCUAUCCCCAUGCCCCCCCUUGACGUCCUCCGGGUCGGAGAACGGAUGCAGUACAAGAACGAAGAAAAACUCUUCCUCGUUCUUUUCUUUGACAACAAACGCAGCUGGCAAUGGCUUCCUAAGUCUAAGAUGGUCCCACUGGGGAUUGACAAGACCAUCGACAAGAUCAAGAUGAUGGAGGGCAGAACGUCCAGCAUCCGUAAGGCUGUUCAGACGGCCUUCAAACGUGCCAUGAACCAUCUUAGCAUCGUUCAGGAUGAACCUGUCAGCGACAUGAGUGACGUGGACUAACGCACACACACACACACACACACACACACACACACACACACUCUCCCCAUUACACACAGACACCCAACCCCCUGAAUUACUGCUCAUGGCCUUGUCCUGUACCGGAGUCUGGCAUACUCUCCUUCUCCUCUUCGUCAGUCUUUCCAGAGUUCUAUGCUGACUGUGUUUACCAGGUGCCUGGCUACCCCCUUGGCUUGAUAUGGUGCCUCCUUCCUCGUCAGCCCCCGCCCGCUGGUCUGACGGCUGCUGCUUUAAUGAAUGUGCCCGAGUUCCCCUCCUAUCAACCUUUCUCCAAGGUCGUGUUCUAAUUGAAAACUAAUUGAAACAGGGUGGGUUUAAUGGACUUACCCAAAAAGAAACGCUCAUUUCCGUUUUCUUUCAAAACAGUUUUGAUAUGUUUCCUGUUGUGUUCCAUAAGGAACAUGACCCCAUGACUGUGCUGCAAGACUGCUGCCAUGAUCCUCCUCUAUUCCCUAUGACCAUGCCACUGCCAAGAUGGGCUGCUUCUUCCUCACCUCACUCAUCUAACCUUAUGCCAUUUAUUUCCACCCAAAACUACCUACUAUGUUUUAAAGUUAACUGUAAAUAACUGCAAUAUUUGUCUGACACACUAACUUAUUGUGUAGAUUGAAAGAAAUUGGUACUGUACAAUGGCUUUUCUUACUAGUAUUUAUACUUUUUGGUGAAUUAUGUAAGCACUACGGUGUGGUAUUUCCAAGUUCUGUGAAAAUAAGACGAGUGUAAAAAUCCUUAGCGGUGUAAAAUGUUUUUUUCUUUUCCUUUUACAGUUUUUGUAUUUUCUUUAAGUUAUUGAAGUUUCUAAAUAUAAGCUUCCCUUUGGCAUUAGUUAUUUUGUUAUAUUUUUUUUUAACGAUAGUUUUAGUAUAUUUUGUU